AUGGAGAGCAUUGGCACUGUAGAUUCCUCUGGGUUGGCAAGUUUUCAGCUGGAAAUGAGUGGCAAGCCAGACAGCAUGGUGUCUAAGACGUGUCACAUCUUCACGCCGCUGGACCCAUUCACUAAGGAGGCCAAGCGAACAUGGCUUCAGCCAAACGGGGUCUCCCAAGACAUACUUGCCAUGAACACUGUCCUCGAGACCAUCCAACAUGGGGGCAGUCCACAGAACCUCCUGGAUGGAGUUGUUUCCAUGACCUCUACAUCUCUCAAAUUCUUGAAGGACAUAGUGGGACUGAACAAAAAUAAAAACAUUGGUGAUAGCCUGGUGGAUCAGAUUUCAGAGAAUAUUGCAAAGGACUUUGCAUCUGCCGCAAGUAUAAUCUUCCGAAGUCUUGAGUUUACUCCUGCUGGCAUCCAAGUCUUGAAACAAAUUACGCAGCAACUGGCCAUUAGCAGUAACAAUGCUUCUCCCUUUUGCUCACACCACUUGGUGAAAACACACUUCAAUGAUGCGUACCUAGCACUUCUUGACUUUGCACAAGCUCACACCACCACAAAAUUAUCUGCAAGCGAUCUGAGAAGGGACCAGAAGACUAACAGUGCCCGUGCUGCACAUCCUUUGAGAACCGGCCUUGAUGUACUUUUGUGUGGCAAAAUUAACAUGGAAGAAGAGCCCUCCAAAUUCCCAGGCGGCAUGAAAUCUGAGAGCCAGACAGACUUCCAGUUCAAUCAAGAUUCUGCCAGCCUUGGAUUCCCCAUUGGACACUUUGGGACACUUUCCGAUCACGCAAUAAUGUGGUGUUGCCCUCCCAAAAAGUUUGGUGAUCAUCUCAUUCCCAUUACCACCAGGUCUGGAAAAUUGUCCAAACCAUCUUUGGGAAAGAUACGUGUCUUUGUAGCCAAGGAUGUGGCCAAUAAUACACCCUUCGUUCCUCUGUACUCUUCUCUCCAUCAGGAGGCAAAUGGGUGCGCCAAAGGACUAGGGGACCUCUUAAAUCCAUCUUCCACUGAUGAGAUUUUCAUCAUCUUCAGGAAUGCAGUUACCACAUCUCUGGCAUGCUCAACAAAUUAUUUGAAAAGUUCCACAUUGCGCUACAAUAAAGGAGAGAUAGAUACAACAAUGUACAGUCAGACUGUUUGUGGGGUAGCGAGGGAGAUUGCAACGAUGACCAGAGUCACACUCCUCAGCUUAGAUGGUACACCAGCUCGUCUGAGCGUCUUCAAGCUUCGAGUUUGGGACAUGGCCAUGAUGAGUCCUUGGGCUGAAAAUCUGUCAUCAAAUCCCAUAAUAGCAAGCUACUUCAAAGCCGAGCGCAGUGCUUUCCUACGCUUUGCCCAUGACAGAAUUCAGAAACAGGAAGCCAUGGACCCCGAUUACAACGGUUCUGUAAUCAAGGAGGCCCUCAAACACUUGAGAGAGCCAAAUCAUCAAGGCACCGGACCAAAAACACCUGGUAUCUCAAAGGUGUUGAAAACGACGAAUUCUGUUAGUCUACCACAGGACACUGCACCGGCGUCCGCCUCCGGUGAUCAUUCAGAGCUUGCUGAAGCUGUCCCUCCUCAAGAUACUCCCUCUUUCACGCAGGGAAUGUCAAGGAGUGCGGAUAAAAGGGCGGAGAAGAGGAGAAGGCAGAAAGAGAUGAAUGCGUGCUUGAGGAGUGUACUGACCGCCUUGAGGGAGCUGUCGGGAGUGGACUUCGGAACUGGCAAAACAAACACUGAUUUUCAGAGAUCAAUUGUUGACCAGAAGGAGUACCUGGCGUCUUUGGGCUACAAACUGGAGCCCUUAUCUCCUGGAAUUGACACAAGUCUUGGUCAGCUUGAGGCAUUCAAAAACAGCCUUCCGACCAAAACUAUGAUCAAACCAACGGCCGCCAUGAACGUCUCGAAAGCGGGUAAUGAGAAGGACGGCACAGUACCACAUGGGACGGAGAGUGAUGACCCGAUGUCUCCGGCAAAAACGAAGAAGAUGAGUCCAAGCGAUGAGAUCAUCUCCCCAGCAAGAUAUUCAUAUCACAACACUGCUAUUCCACUGCCGGAGUAUUGUUCACCUACCUAUCUGGGUUAUUUCAUGAUGAGAAUUGUCAUUGAAACCAUGGGCACGACUGGUCAGGGCCUUCCACCAAGGCCCGUGGACGCAGACCUAGAUGAUGUAUGCUUUGAACAUGAGGAAGAUGCAGGAGACCCAAAAGGCCUUGAACGAAUUGGUGCAGCCAAAAGGAGUGCCCUCGCUUACACCUACAGAUAG